CUAACGGCGACCGUUCAGAUGAAAUGCUAAAUCAGUGGAUAUGCAUAAUCAUCGUUCCUGGAUUACCGUGAGAGUACCAAUCUUAUUGGCACUCUCACUUUGGAUACUAACUUUGGGAUACACCGUUGGACUGGCGUAUCAAACUGACAUUUGCAUGUCAAAGUGUUCGAAAUGGCUAUGGCGCGCAUUGACCACUUUUUGCGUGAAAUUGAAGCACUUUCGUAGGUUGUGUAGGAUCGCGGUAAGCUGUUUUAUUUACAAGGCAUUUGAUGCAGUGAAUCUUCUCUUCUCUCUCAUUACACUAACUUUUAUGUUUGACUUACUUUCUAAAGAGCCUCAUAUCGAAACAAUCCCACAUACUAAGAGAUAAUACUUAUGGCCACAAGAUCAAAUAGAGCAUAAGCUCUCUUAGAACUUCCGCUAUCAGGAAGAUGCACUUGCACCAUAGAACCAGAACUAGGAUUUUUGCCUCGCAAUUGAUAUCUUACGUCUUGGAACCAGUCAAUCGCAAAUAAUGUGGCAUCAUGAGGUCAUAAAGAUCAAAGCAGUUUUCUACAAGUUAAA